AGAUGGGGUUAGAGCACUACGUUCUAGAGCAAUGGUUCCCAAACUGUCCCCUAUUGGAGGGCCUGGUACUGCGGCUGAAGGGUCCGUGGCUGAAGUUCACGUUAGGGUGAGAUUUAAGGUGAAGGCAAAUAUGGGCACUUUUCUAUACUCUAGUGGGAUAACCUUGAUGGAUGGUUACACUGAGUUUUGAGAGCACAACAUAUCUGCUUUUCUAGAUAUAUUUGGGAUAAUGGUUAAAAAGCAGAUACAUGUGGGGCUUGAAUCAAAACAGUCUGAAAACCACAGGCCUAGAACUUACUAAAAGUGAAUAUAAAGGUAAGUUACACAUUUAAAGAGAAUACCAUUGAUUAUUUCAAAGGAGUCCGUGAUGUUCUAUAAGGUACGCUGGGUCUUUAAAGCCUUCUCCUGCUACAGCCUUUAUUAUUAUAAAUACAAAUAUACAUGCCCAUAGGAUGCAGUGUAGGAAGGCAUGAGAAUAGGCAGAUUAAAUGAACCCGAUAUCCUGAUAUCCUUCCGGUAUAUAACAAUUACAGAUAUCUUGCACAAUCAUGUGAUUAAGUUUAGUCACAACUUGAUGGCAGUGGGAAACAAUAGCUUGUCUAAGACAAGGAAGCUGUAAACAAUUAAAAUCACAGUCACUGCCCAAGGCUCCCAGGUGCCAUAUAAAUAGGCCUGUCUAACGCAUGGAAAGCCAGAGCAAGGCUGGAAGCUUCCGCACUGAGGCAGUGGGUACCAAGGAGCUCACAUCAGCAAUGGAGUCCUGCGUUCUGUUCCUGCUGUGUAUAGCAUGUACCAUGGGGUUCCCUGCUGGGAUACUGACUGACACAGAGAAGCACAAUGAAGCAUUUGCUAAGGAGUACUUGAAAAAAUUCUACAGGUUUGAGGGGGAGGGGACCAGCCGCAGUGCAUUGUUGGAUAAAAUUCAAAAGAUGCAGAACUUUUUUGGAUUGGAGGUCACUGCAAGACUGAAUGAAGAGACCAUAGACGUAAUGAAACAACCUCGGUGCGGGGUUCCUGAUAUUGCCCGUUUCAGCACCUUCUCAGGAAAUGCAGUGUGGAAGAAAAAGGACCUGACGUACAGAAUUCUGAAUUACACCCCAGAUAUGACCAGAAAUGAUGUGGACCGGGCCAUUGAGAAGGCUUUCAAGGUCUGGAGUGAUGUCGUCCCUCUCACCUUUACCAGAAUCUAUGACAGAGUCUCUGAUAUUGAGAUGCUGUUUGCAUAUAGAGAUCAUAAAGAUUCUCUGCCUUUUGAUGGCCCAUCUGGCAUUCUGGCCCAUGCAUUUGCUCCUGGAGAUAACAUUGGGGGGGACGUACAUUUUGAUGAAGACGAGAGAUGGACAAGUGGAUCAGCCGGUACUAACUUGUUCCUUGUGGCUGCUCAUGAACUUGGCCAUUCCCUUGGGCUCGACCAUUCUAAUGACCCUAAUGCCCUUAUGUACCCAACCUACCAUUAUAUCAAUCCCAACACAUUCCAGCUUCCUCAGGAUGAUAUCAAUGGAAUCCACUCACUGUAUGGAACAAAAGAAAAUCCAAUCGUCCCAAUAAUAAACUGUCAGGAACAAAUUUCUUUUGACGCGGUCACAACCCUGCGUGGGGACAUUCUAUUUUUCAAGAACAGAUCCUUUUGGCGCAAGACAGCCGGUAAAUCAGAAAUCGAGCAACAUGAGAUCAGUUCCUUCUGGCCUUCCCUUCCAGCUGACAUCGACGCAGCCUAUGAAAAUCAGAAAAAGGAUCAGGUUCUUCUCUUUAAAGGAACAAAAUACUGGGUUCUACGAGGCUAUACAGUUCAAGAGGGAUUCCCUAAGAACAUCUACGAACUUGGGUUUCCCUUGACUGUAACGCAAAUUGAUGCAGCCGUCCACGAUGAUGAAACAGGGAGAACCUACUUCUUUAUUAAUGAUCGGUAUUGGAGUUAUAAUGAAGAAACAUCACAGAUGGAUAAAGAAUCUCCUCAGAGAAUCAGUAAAGGUUUCCCAGGUGUUGGAAACAAGGUGGAGGCAGCAUUUCGAUCAAAUGGAAUGCUCUAUUUGUUCAGUGGGAACCAGCAGUAUGAAUUCAGCACGACAAACAGGAAAGUCACUCGCCUGCUAAAGUACACCAGUUGGCUGAACUGCUAACCCAGAAACCCCAGCAGCGAUAGGAGUUACCAAAUGAACACAAGUUCAAUAACAACCUUAUUUAUUUUUUUACAUCUAACUUAUUUUAUAAUUUAUAGAAAUAUAUAUUGUAUAUUAUCUUCUUGUAUGUAACUUAUUUAAUUUAUCUUUACUAUACUAUAUUUUAUAUAUCUUGAUGUAAAACAUAUUUCAUAAUAAAUAUACUGAUUUUUCAAUGCA